GCACCGGAGCGCAAAGACAACAUGAUGCUUGAAUCUUAGACUACUCAGACGUUUGUAGUGGGUUACUGACCAGACUUCAACUCUAAGUAUCUUCUUUAUCUGCAUAAAGAACCGUCAAGGGCCGAUGUAUCGAUGAAUUUCCUCGGGAAACUAACAAGCGUCCUCCUGCUGGUGCUCCUCGCAGCUCAAGGCUGUUUUUCAUCUAAGGGGGAGGACAGAUUAUUUCGGAGAUUGUUCAGGAGGUACAACCAGUUCAUCCGACCAGUGGAGAAUGUAUCUGAUCCAGUCACCGUGGAGUUUGAGGUCUCCAUGUCCCAGCUGGUCAAAGUGGAUGAGGUGAAUCAGAUUAUGGAGACCAAUCUGUGGCUGAGACAUGUCUGGAACGACUACAAGCUGAAAUGGGCCCCUAUUGAGUACGAUGGGAUUGAGUUCAUACGAGUUCCAUCCAAUAAAAUUUGGAGGCCAGAUAUUGUUUUGUAUAACAAUGCUGUAGGUGACUUUCUUGUGGAAGACAAGACCAAGGCUCUGCUGAAGUUUGAUGGCACCAUCACCUGGGUUCCUCCAGCUAUUUUUAAAUCCUCCUGCCCCAUGGACAUCACCUACUUCCCCUUUGACUACCAGAACUGCUCCAUGAAGUUUGGCUCCUGGACAUACGACAAGGCCAAGAUCGACCUGGUGCUGAUUGGCUCAAAGGUCAACUUGAAAGACUUCUGGGAAAGUGGAGAGUGGGAGAUCAUCGACGCUCCGGGAUACAAACAUGACAUCAAGUACAACUGCUGCGAGGAGAUCUACCCGGACAUCACCUACUCCUUCUACAUCCGCCGCCUGCCUCUCUUCUACACCAUCAACCUGAUCAUCCCCUGCCUCCUCAUCUCCUUCCUCACGGUGCUGGUCUUCUACCUCCCGUCUGACUGCGGCGAGAAGGUCACCCUCUGCAUCUCCGUCCUCCUCUCCCUCACUGUGUUCCUGCUCGUCAUCACCGAGACCAUCCCUUCCACGUCCCUCGUCAUCCCUCUGAUCGGCGAGUACCUCCUCUUCACCAUGAUUUUUGUCACGCUCAGCAUCGUCAUCACUGUCUUUGUGCUGAACGUCCACUACCGCACCCCCAUGACUCACACGAUGCCGGACUGGGUGAGGUCCGUGUUCCUCGGGGUGUUGCCCAGGGUGAUGCUGAUGAGGAGGCCAAUCGACCAGGGCUGCUCCACCACUGCCAAUAUUGCGGUAACAGGAGGAGGAAGGAAGAAGAGAAAGACCAGCAUAGGAAGUGGUUCAGGAAGUGUUAUUAUUGGCGGUAUAACUGGGGGUGUAGCGUUUCCACCAACAGAUGUUGGGGCAGGAGGCGGGGCUGCAUCAGCGAGUGCUUCAAUGAACUGUGUGGAGUAUGGCGAGGUUAACCGAGACAAGAACCGGGACAUUAACAGGAGAUGUCCCUACAGAGGCAAGGAGGUACCGACUCCUGUCCCUCCCCCGAUGGUGCCGUCACCUCCUCCUCCCCCUCCUCCUCCUCCACCUCCCCCGUCCUCACAGGCGACCCCGACCCAGGCACCCAAGGAGUCGGAGAUACCCAAGGUGCCGAGGCCAGUCAAAGCCCCUUCACCUAUCAGCGCUGUCGUUGCCUUCUCCGUGGUGUCGCCAGAGAUCAAGCAGGCCAUAGAGAGCGUGAAGUACAUCGCAGAGAACAUGAGGACUCGCAACAAAGCCAAAGAGGUGGAGGACGACUGGAAGUACGUCGCCAUGGUCAUCGACAGGAUCUUCCUGUGGGUUUUUGUGACAGUGUGUAUUCUGGGAACAGUGGGACUCUUCCUCCAGCCGCUCAUCAGCUUCUUUCAAUGAGACACUCGUCUUUGCCCCUUUUCUCUCUCUCUCUCUCUCUCCCUCUCUUUUUGUCUACUUCAGUCUAUCUCUGUGCCCCACUUGAAAUACUUUGGGAAUAAUCCCUCCUGCAGCUCUUUCAAAUCAAACACUGAACUGUCUUCUUUUUCAUUUUGCGGCGUUUUGUCCCUCCAUGCUUUCCUCUGGGAGUCCAAAAUCAGCCAUCACUUCUAGCUCUCAGCUGUUUCCUCACAUGACUUACCCUGAUUUCCCCAUCACAUCUUUGUCUUGCCCUCUCAAUGGGCCGGCAAUUCUGUUAUUCAGUCUCUUCUCCACAGUUUUUUCUUCUGACAUGAUUAUCACAUCUGCGCCCCUCUCCGAUUUUCUCCUCUUCGGUGCCAUCAUUUUGACCUGCAACUGCCUACAGUUUAUUUCUUCAGUAGUCUCCUGUCUCCACUUUCGUCCAAUCUUCUAUGCAUUUCUAUUGUGUGUAUUUGACUGAGAUUUCCACUCAGUCAUUGUACAGUCUUAUACAGUAUGUUUAACAAUGUCAGGUCUUAAUGAAAUACAAUGUUAUUAUAAUUGCUUUAGAAUAACCUAUAAACAUACGCAUCGCUGAGAAAGAAGAACCUGAAUACCUUUGUGAGUUUCACUGUAGGAUUUUAAGAUGUGCAUUAAUGACGAGACACUGAUGAGAAAUGUGGUACAAUAUGUCUAUAAUUAAAGUGAAAGACAAAUCCUGAUAGCGGUAAUAAUAUGUUGUGAUAUGAAGGUCAUUCGAUGGCUGGCACUUUUUCUUCAGGAUUUUCUUUUUCUGUUGUCUUCUGUGUUUUCCUUUAAAUACAUUUGUAAAAUACAAAGGAGUUAUGCAUGGCUCCUGAGAAGGAUGCUGGCUGUAGAAACUGUUUGUGUUAUCCACAUGUGCUCACACUAAGUAUUAUAAUGCAUCACACAUUAAUUCACACCUUCACUGCAAUCUGUAUAGAAACACGUUGAACUGCACAAUGUAGAUUAAAAUUGUAAAAAUAUAUAAA